AUGGCACCCCGUGCUGCGCAUACGCACGGCCUUGCCAUUUCUUCGGGCGCAAAGCGUCGCUUUACUGUCCCCGCGACAGACUCAGAUAUUCUGAUUGACGAGCACGAGUUGCUUUUGCAGCCAGAGGAGCGCGACGUUGAGGAGGAUAAUAAGGUUGACGAGUACAGCCCAUGGCGUCAUCACUUUCGACUGCUUGCAUUGGGAUACAUGUCGUUUAUUUUCUUGAAGCUUUCGCCCAAUAUGUUCAAUACCAUCCUCAGCCAGAUUUUGGAGGGUAUUUUGUGUCGGCAGUACCACGGUGCUACUGACCCUACUUCAGAUCCGCGCUGCAAGGAUGAGCGUGUGCAGGGCGAGCUUUCCAUCAUUUUGAGCAUGAAGGCGACCUUUGAGCUGCUUCCUACGGUCAUCUUCAGCAUUCCCUAUGGUCUCGCGGCUGAUGUUUACGGUCGCAAGCCAGUUCUCAUGAUAGCGACACUGGGGUGCGUCUUGUAUGGCUUAGCUGGCAUUAUGAUUUGCUGGUUUCCUCAUAUCUUUCCUCUGCGUCUUCUUUGGGUAGCCCCGAUUAUAUCUAUUAUCGGUGGCGGGCCAUUAGUUCCAGUAAUGAUGGUUUAUGCAAUGGCGAGCGAUGCAGUCCCAGAGUCACUCAGGUCUGGUGUUUUUGUUGUUAUGUCAACUGGCCUGGUUGUUGGAACGCUUCUCAGCGGGCCUGCAAUUUACUACCUCAUUUCCAGUGGAGAGUGGCCGGCUAUCUUUAUGUCACUGGGAUUUCAAGUCCUUGGACUCAUCACGACUGUAUUUAUCCCUGAAACUCUCUCCCUUAAGAGUGAGCAAUCGGAUACAAGCAGCUUGCGAGGCCAAACGUCUUUCACGUAUAGGAUCCGCACCGGGAGUCAAGAGCUAUUGACAAAAUCGUUUAAAUCGCUACGGGACAUCUUUUGGUCCGAUUCGACAGUGACUCUCUUUAUCUUCAGCCUCCUCUUUAUUGACGUUGGCGAGGAUAUCGGUUCGAUUAUCACAAAACAAUAUGCAGCAAAGCGAUUCUCUUUGACUUGGCCAGAGGCUGGUGUUAUCACUUCAAUCAAAAGCUUCACACAGCUGGGGCUAUGCCUUGUUGCACUACCCUUCGCCCAAAAGAUUAUGCGACAAUCUCAUGUUCCAGCUAUCACGCAAGAUAUAUGGGUCGCUCGAACUUGCGAUAUCAUCCUUGUGAUAGCUUAUUGCAUGGCUGGGCUCGCCGAUAACUUGGUCAUGUUUAUCAUAGCAGUUGUCUUAUCCGCAGUCAACUUCUGCUUGAAUCCAGCCCUUAGGAGUCUCCUGUUGACCAUGGCAUCUAGCUGCGGUGCUGGUGCGGUCCUUUCAGCUGUGGAGGUGCUGAAUGCAAUAGCUGCUGUUGUCUCUGGUCCGGUCAUGGCUGCUGGCUUCCGACUUGGAAUGGACUGGGGAGGCAGGUGGCUUGGUCUGCAUUGGUUCAUAGCCAUGUUGAUACUGAUGCCUGGCGCUCUGAUUGUGGUUUGUAUGCGUUUCAAUAAUGUUGGCCGAAGACCAGAUACCCCUGAGGAUGAGGAAAGCUGA